AUGUUGCUCGAAGAUCAGCGAUUCAUACACGAGGAUUUGGAGAGGCUGGAGCAAGCUAUAGCAGACCGUGUUGCAGAAGAACCCCGUAAUAUACGCGAACGUCUGGCUCGUGACCAUGAGAUAGCGCAUUUUUUAAACCGCAUUGAUGAUCAGUCGAGGAGGUUACUCGAUAUCUACAAGAAUGCUGAAGGCGAACGCGAGAAGGAAAUCCAGGCCAUCUCAACCGGCGAUCAGUUCGAGGAAUUCUACAAACGACUAGACGAACUCAAGGACUUUCACAAGCGGUAUCCGAAUGAACCAGUUGAGAACCUCGAGCGAGCCUACAAGCGCCGCCAACCAGGGGAGGGCGAGCCGACGGGGCUGGAGGUUGAUACGAUGUUUACUGGUGAAGAAGGAUACGGGCAGUUCCUCGAUCUCACAACCUUGCAUGAGCAAUAUUUGAACCUGCCAGGAGUCAAGAGGCUAUCAUAUAUACAAUAUCUCGACAUAUUCGAUGCUUUCACGCCCCCGAAAUUACCGAUUAAGCGAAACAACAAGCUCUCGGACAAAUAUUUCCAAUAUGUAGGGGAACUUGCAAACUAUCUUGAGGAAUUCAUCAAGAAAGCUAGGCCUUUACAGGAUCUGAGCAAGAUCUUUGCUAGCUUCGACGAGGAUUUUGAGAAACAGUGGGCUGCGAAUGAGGUCCCUGGAUGGGAAGAAGAGAAGAUCAACAAUGGCACAGCAGGCCCCAAAACCGAGGGAUCUGGUGAGGGUAUAUGGUGCGCCGAUUGUGAGAAGGAGUUCAAGAACGAGAAUGUGUACAGGAAUCACUUAACAGGCAAGAAGCACAUUCGGGCUGCUGAGGCCCGUAAAGCUGCUGGUGGUUCGGGCGAAGGACCUACGCCGUCCGCCAGCGGGCCAUCGGCAGCUCACCGCUUGAAAGAGCGAGCAGUUGCUGAGCGCGAGCACCGCGUUCGUUCUCUAGCAAGAGUACUCAUCAACGAGCGUCAGGCAACAAAGAUAAAUGUUGAGCGGAGACAAGGUAUGACAGAGCGGGAGCGUCAAAUGGAGCUUGAGGCUAUGCUCGCAGAGACCGAAGACGCCAAGGGUGACCGUGGCAACGAGUCGGAUGAGGAAGGCGAAGAUCGCAUUUACAAUCCUCUAAAACUUCCCCUCGCAUGGGAUGGCAAGCCUAUUCCGUACUGGCUCUACAAACUACAUGGGCUGGGUGUGGAGUAUUCUUGCGAGAUUUGCGGUAACUAUGUUUACAUGGGCCGUCGCGCAUUCGACAAACAUUUCUCCGAAGCGUUGCAUAUAUUCGGACUGAAAUGUCUCGGUAUCACGUCAAACACAAACCUCUUCCGAGAAAUUACCAAGAUUGACGAUGCCAUACGGCUUUGGGAGAAAUUAGAGCAAGACCGCAAGAAGGAGAGAGAUUUUCGUGACAACGUCGUGCAGAUGGAGGAUGCAGAGGGCAAUGUGAUGCCUGAGCGGAUUUACCUUGAUCUUCAGAAACAAGGUAUUCUCUAG